CGACCACGACCACGACCACGCCAAACACGACGAGGACGACAGCGACAUGGCAUCAUCCCCCUCUGAGAAGAUUGCGGUCAGCGAGCUCGAGGCGAGCCGCAAUGGCGUCGAUGGCGACCUGGCUAAGCGGGUGCUGCGAAAGAUCGAUCUGAGGAUCAUCCCGUUGCUGUUUGUGACUUACAUGCUCAACUUCAUGGACAAGACGAUCCUAUCCAGCGCGUCUGUCUUUGGUCUCCGAGAUGACACGGGUCUAGUCGGCCAGGACUACAGCUGGGUGUCGUCCAUCUUCUACUUCGGCUACUUCGCAUGGGCAUACCCCACUACCCUGCUCAUCGCCCGGCUCCCGGUGGCCCGGUACAUGACCGUCAACACCUUCAUCUGGGGUGCCGUCGUCGCCCUCACCGCCGCUUGCUCCAACUACGGCGGCCUCCUCGCCGUGCGCUUCCUCCUCGGCGUCGCCGAGGCCACCAUCACGCCGGCCUUCAUGUUCAUGACCACCAGCUGGUACACCCGCGACGAGAUCCCCUUCCGCACGGGAAUCUGGUUCUCCGGAAAUUCCAUCGGCGGCCUCGUCGCGUCGCUGUUCGCCUUUGGCGUCGGCCACAUCAGCCUCACCGACAGCGUCGGCCCGUGGAGGUGGAUGUACAUCAUCCUCGGACUCGCGACGUUCCUAUGGGGCGCCGUCCUGUGGUUCGCGCUCCCCGACAGCGUGUCCUCCGCCAAGUUCCUCACCCUUGAGGAACGGCAGUGCGCGACGGCCCGCAUCAUCGUCUCCGGCACGGGGCGCACGGAGAAGACGACGUGGAACUGGGCGCAGGUGCGCGAGUGCCUGAUCGACCCCAAGACGUGGUUCAUCUUCGGGCUCGAGCUGGUCACGCAGAUCCCGAACGGUGGGACGCAGAACUUCUCGAACCUCGUCAUCAGGUCGUUUGGCUUCACGAGCCUCCAGAGCACCCUCAUCAACAUCCCGUACUCUCUCCUCGCGGGCGGCUUCAUCAUGCUCACGGGCUGGCUCGCCGGCCGCUUCCGCCGCGCGAACUGCCUCCUCAUCGUCUGCGCAGUCGUCCCCUGCGUCGUCGGCUCCGCGCUCAUCUACUCGCGCAACCGCCCCGGCAUCUCCCAUGGCGUCCAGCUAUUCGGAUAUUUCCUCCUCAGCACGGGGUCCGCCGCCAUGCCGCUCGCGCUCUCCCUUGUGCAGGCCAACUACCGCGGCGUGACGAAGAAGAUGACGGUCACGGCGAUGCUCUUCCUCGCCUACUGCGCGGGCAACAUCGCGGGGCCGCAGCUGUUCAAAACGACCGAGGCGCCGACGUACAAUACCGCCUUCCGCGCGAUCAUGAUCUGCUACUCGCUCGCUAUCGGCCUGGCGGUGGGCCUGAGGACGUACCUGGGGUGGGUCAACGCCAGGAGAGCGAAGGAGGAGGGCUUCGAGGGCAGCGCAGGUGCUUCUGGUACCGUUGGCGAAGGGAAGGUCGUAGACGUGGCCGAUACCGGUGCUGGUGCGGUGAACGAUGUCGAGCUGAAAGGUCGAGACUACGAGGACCUCACGGAUUGGCAAACUCCUGGGUUUAGGUAUCGUCUAUAA